UCUCAAUUCUCAAGUCUCAUCGAUGUUUCUUUCUAUGAAGUUUGCAGUUGCAUCACACUGCAAUCCCAGCCUUCUUUUUCAUCAACACCAUCACCAUCACCAUCAGGGUUUCGGCGAUUUCACCGGUGGCUCCUCCCUAAAAAGACGCACUAGUACCCUAAAAUUACAAACAACACUUUGCUCCACUUACACCAAUGACAAUGCAUAUGAAUUGUCAAGUGCAAACAGCCAUGAAGGUUCCAAAGAAAGCGCAGAGAGUAAGAAAGGAGAGUCAUCCACGAGCAAUGAGAUCCUGACGAAAUUGAGGAGAUAUGGAAUUUCUGGAAUCCUGUCCUAUGGACUUCUGAACACUGCAUACUAUCUCACGACGUUUCUUAUCGUAUGGUUUUACAUUGCUCCAGCACCAGGAAGGAUGGGUUAUCUAGCUGCUGUAGAAAGAUUUCUCAAAGUGAUGGCCAUGGUGUGGGCUGGUAGUCAAGUUACCAAACUUAUCAGAGCUGGAGGAGCAUUGGCGUUGGCGCCAUUUGUUGAUAGAGGAUUGUCAUGGUUUACUGCUAAAUUUAAGUUUCAAUCACAGGGAAAGGCCUUUAUGACAAUAGUGGGAUUCUGUGUUGGAUUGGCCAUUAUCUUAUUUUUGGUCAUCACACUGCUCUGGGCUUGAUUCAGUUCCUGCUUUUAUUUAUUUAGAUUUUGUUACAUGACAGCGAUUAGGUAUGAUUGUGAACAAUCAAAUUUAUUAUCCUCAUUUUAUAUUUAAUUAUAUAUUAUUACAAUUGUUAGAGAAA